AUGGCGAUGGCCUCGCGGGCUCGGGGCUGGACACCGCGGCCCGUCCUGAGCUCGUCACCUUCGCUGCUCGUGCUGCAGCUGCUGUUGCUGAUGCUGCGGGGCACGGAGGCUGGGGACCGGUUCAGCCUGCAUCCGCCCUACUUCAACCUGGCCGAGGCGGCGAGGAUUUGGGCCACCGCCACCUGCGGGGAGCGCGGCCCCGGCGGCGUCGCGAGACCCGAACUCUACUGCAAGCUGGUGGGUGGCCCCACCGCCCAGGGCAGCGGCCACACCAUCCAGGGCCAAUUCUGCGACUAUUGUAACUCCGAGGAUUCCAGGAAAGCACACCCGGCCACCCAUGCAGUCGAUGGGUCUGAACGUUGGUGGCAAAGCCCUCCUCUCUCUUCAGGCACGCAGUACAAUAGAGUCAAUCUCACCUUGGACCUGGGGCAGCUUUUCCAUGUGGCCUAUGUUUUAAUCAAAUUUGCGAAUUCUCCACGGCCUGAUCUUUGGGUUUUGGAAAGAUCUGUAGAUUUUGGAAGCACCUACUCACCGUGGCAGUAUUUUGCUCAUUCUAGAGUAGACUGUUUAGAACAAUUUGGACAAGAGGCAAACAUGGCCAUCACCCGGGAUGAUGAAGUACUCUGUAUCACCGAAUACUCCCGCAUUGUUCCUUUGGAAAAUGGCGAGGUUGUUGUGUCCUUGAUAAAUGGCCGUCCAGGUGCAAAAAAUUUCACCUUCUCGGAUACCCUGAGGGAGUUUACCAAGGCGACAAACAUCCGCUUGCGCUUCCUCCGCACCAACACCCUCCUCGGGCAUCUCAUCUCCAAAGCCCAGCGAGACCCCACCGUCACCCGGCGGUAUUACUACAGCAUAAAGGAUAUCAGCAUUGGUGGACGGUGCGUUUGCAAUGGCCACGCUGACAUGUGCAAUGCAAACAAUCCUGAAAAAAAGUUCCGGUGUGAAUGCCAGCACCACACUUGUGGGGAGACGUGCAAUCGCUGCUGCGUGGGCUACAAUCAGAGGCGCUGGCGGCCGGCAGCACUGAGGCAGAGCAAUGAGUGUGAAGCCUGUAACUGCCACGGGCACGCCGUCGACUGUUACUAUGACCCAGAUGUUGAGCAGCAGCAAGCGAGCUUGAAUACGGAAGGCGUCUAUGCAGGUGGAGGGGUCUGCGUCGAUUGUCAGCACAACACAGCAGGUGUGAACUGUGAAAAGUGUGCUAAGGGUUAUUAUCGCCCGGCUGGGGUUCCGGUUGAUGCCCCUCAUGGCUGCAUCCCUUGCAGCUGUGACCCUGAGCAUGCGGAUGGCUGUGAACCGGGCUCGGGCCGCUGUCACUGUAAGCCGAAUUUCCACGGAGACAACUGUGAGAAGUGUGCAGAUGGAUACUAUAACUUUCCAUUUUGUUCAAGAGCUCCUGCCUUUGCUAUUUAUACUCCGAGUCCAGAAGAACCAGUAGCUGGCAAUAUAAAAGGAUGUGACUGUAACUUGGAAGGUGUCCUCCCUGAAAUAUGUGAUGACUAUGGAAGAUGCUUGUGCCGCCCCGGGGUCGAGGGUCCCUGGUGUGACUCCUGCCGCUUGGGUUCCUACUCGUUCCCUAUCUGCCAAGUCUGCCAGUGCUCAGCCCUUGGAUCCUACCCCGUACCCUGCAACCCAGUGACUGGCCAGUGUGAGUGUCUGCCCGGGGUAACAGGACAGCGAUGUGACAGGUGUCUCUCCGGAGCCUAUGACUUUCCCCAUUGCCAAGGUGCAAGCACUGCCUGUGACCCAGCCGGGACCGUUGACUCCAGCUUGGGUUUUUGCCAAUGCAAGCCUCAUGUUGACAGCCCUACCUGCAGCAUCUGCAAGCCAUUGUAUUGGAAUCUGGCCAGAGAAAACCCCAGUGGCUGCUCAGAAUGCCAGUGCCACGAGGCAGGAACCGCGAGCGGGAUUGGCGAGUGUGGCCAGGGAGGUGGUGACUGCAGUUGCAAAGCUCACGUGACGGGUGAUGCCUGUGACACCUGUGAGGAUGGCUAUUUCGCUUUGGAGGAGAGCAGUUACUUUGGGUGUCAAGGGUGUCAGUGUGACAUUGGUGGGGCACUCAACUCCAUGUGCAGCGGGCCCUCGGGAGAAUGCCAGUGCCGGGAGCACAUCGUGGGGAAGAUGUGUCAGCGGCCUGAACGUAACCACUACUUCCCGGACUUGCAUCACAUGAAGUUUGAGGUUGAAGACGGUGUUACUCCUGACGGGAGAGACCUUCGGUUUGGAUUCGAUCCGCUGGUGUUUCCUGAGUUUAGCUGGAGAGGCUACGCCCCCCUGACCUUGGCCCAGAAUAAAAUAAGGAUACUGUUGAAUGUGGGGAAGUCACAUCUCUCCUUAUUUCACAUUAUUCUGCGAUACAUCAACCCUGGAAUUGAAACAGUAUCUGGUCGUAUAACUGUUUAUCCAUCCUGGGACAAGUCAGGUACUGCUCAGAGCAAGGAGAUCAUUUUCCUGCCCAGCAAGGAACCAGCCUUUGUCACUGUCCCUGGAAAUGGCUUUGCAGACCCAUUCUCACUGCCACCAGGAACAUGGGUAGCUUGUAUCGAGGCAGAAGGAGUCCUUCUGGAUUACCUGGUGCUGCUCCCCAAGGACUACUAUGAAGCCCUCGUGCUACAGCUGCCAGUCACAGAACCAUGUGCCCAUGCAGGAUCUCCCCGGGACAAUUGCUUGCUUUACCAGCAUUUGCCAGUGACCAGAUUCACGUGCACCUUGGCUUGUGAGGCAAGACAGUUCCUGCUUGAUGGGAAGCCAAUACCCUUGGCCACGAGGCAUCCCAGCCCUGCACACCCAGCCCUGGUGGACCUCAGUGGGAGAGAGGUAGAAAUGCAGCUGCGGCUGCACGUCCCACGGGCUGGCCACUACGUGGUCAUGCUGGAGUACGCCACGGAAGCAGACCGGCUGUCUGUGGUGGACGUGGAUGUGAAGAGCCCUGGCUCUGUCCUGGAAGGCCAGGUGAAGAUCUACAGCUGCCAGUACAGCAUUCUGUGCCGGAGCGUGGUGAUCGAUGACAUGAGUCGCAUGGCUGUUUAUGAGCUGUUAGCAGACACAGACAUUCAGCUCAAGGUGCACACGGCUCACUUCCUUCUGUAUCAGAUUUGUGUCAUACCCAUUGAAGAAUUCUCGCCUGAGUAUGUGCGGCCUCAGGUCCACUGUAUAGCCAGCUAUGGGCCAUUUGCCGAUCAAAGCGCCACUUGUGUCUCGCUGGCCCAUGAAACUCCUCCAACAGCCUUAGUUUUGGAGGCCCCAGGUGGGAGGCCUUCCCAUCUCCUACCCCAGGAGCCUCCCUCACCUCCUGAAGUUGCCAUGUCUGGAGUGGCCUUAAAGGCAUCACAGAACCAAGUGACCCUGAGAGGGCUCGUGCCACACCUGGGCCGAUAUGUCUUUGUCAUCCAUUUUUAUCAAACAGAGCACCCGACAUUUCCUGCAGAGGUGUUAGUGGAUGGAGGUCAGCUGUGGUCAGGUUCCUUCCGUGCAAACUUUUGCCCCCAUGUACUUGGCUGCCGAGACCAAGUGAUCACUGAGGGCCAGAUUGAGUUUGACAUCUCAGAACCACAGGUGGCCGUGACUGUGAAGGUUCCAGAAGGAAAGUCCUUAAAGCUGAUCCGAGUUCUAGUGGUUCCCGCAGAGAAUUAUGACUACCAAAUACUCCACAAGAAAACAGUGGACAAGUCCUUGGAGUUUAUCACCAAUUGUGGGGGAGACAGUUUUUAUAUCAAUCCCCAGACAGCCUCUGGAUUCUGUAAGAAUUCUGCACGGUCCCUGACAGCCUUUUACCACAAUGGUGCCCUGCCUUGUGAGUGCCAUCCUGCUGGGGCCACUGGUCAUAACUGCAGCCCUGAGGGUGGGCAGUGCCCGUGCCAGCCCAACGUCAUUGGGAAGCAAUGCACCCGCUGUGCCACGGGCCACUACGGAUUCCCACACUGCAAGUUGUGCAACUGUGGUGGGCGCCUUUGCGAAGAGGUGACCGGGCAGUGCCUUUGCCCUCCCCGCACAGUAAGGCCCCAGUGUGAGACCUGCGAGAUGAAUUCCUUUAACUUCCACCCCGUGGCUGGCUGCGAAGACUGCACCUGCUCCAAGAAGGGCACCAUCAUCCAGCCUGGCAUCCCCGAGUGUGACGGGGACAGCGGGCAGUGCAGAUGCAAGCCGAGAAUCACAGGGCGCCGGUGUGACAAGUGCGCACCUGGGUUCCACCGGUUCCCCGCGUGUGUUCCCUGCAAUUGUAGCAGAGAGGGGACUGAACCCCAAGUGUGUGACCCAAGGACCGGGGCUUGCCUCUGCAAGGAAAACAUAGAAGGCCCAGAAUGUAGCAUGUGUCGAGAGGGAUCAUUCCAUCUGGACGCAGCCAAUCCCAAGGGUUGUACAAGAUGCUUCUGUUUUGGAGUAGAUAGUCGUUGCCAUAGCACACAUAAGCGAAGGGCUAAGUUUGUAGACAUGAUGGGCUGGCGCCUGCAGACAGCGGGUGGAGUUGAUGUCCCCGUCUCCUUCAACCCGGGCAGCAACAGCGUGGUGGCGGAUCUCCAGGAGCUGCCGUCAUCAGUCCACAGUGCAUCCUGGGUGGCACCUCCGUCCUACCUGGGGGACAAGGUGUCCUCAUAUGGUGGCUACCUGACCUACCAAGUCAAGUCCUUUGGCUUACCCAGUGACAUGGCUCUUCUGGAAAAGCAACCUGAUGUGCAGCUCACUGGUCAACACAUGUCCAUCGUCCAUAAGGAUUCCAGUGACCCACGGCCUGAUCGGCUCCAUCAUGGGAGAGUCCAAGUGGUUGAGGGGAACUUCAGACAUGCUGGGAGCAGUGCCCCAGUGUCCAGGGAGGAGCUGAUGACCGUGCUGGCUGGACUGGAGGGGCUGCGCAUCCGGGGUCUCCACUUCACCGAGACACAGCGCCUCACUCUGGGAGAGGUGGGGCUGGAGGAGGCCUCUGCCACCGGAAGUGGACGCAGAGCCCAUCAUGUGGAGAUGUGUGCUUGUCCCCCUGAAUAUACGGGUGACUCAUGUCAGGGUUGUAGCCCCGGAUACUAUCGGGAUAACAAGGGCUUGCCGAUUGGACGGUGUGUUCCCUGCAGUUGCAACGGACAUUCCGGUCGAUGCCAGGACGGCUCCGGGAUGUGCAUUAACUGUCAACACAACACUGCUGGGGAACACUGUGAGCGCUGCAAGGAAGGUCACUAUGGGGACGCCAUCCACGGUUCCUGUAGGGUCUGCCCAUGUCCUCACACCAACAGUUUCGCCACCGGCUGCGUCGUGAACGGUGGGACCGUGAGAUGUGCCUGCAAACCCGGAUACACAGGAGCGCAGUGCGAGAGGUGUGCACCAGGAUAUUUUGGGAAUCCCCAGAAAUUCGGAGGUAGCUGUCAACCAUGCAAUUGUAACAGCAACGGCCAACUGGGCGCUUGCGACCCCUUAACGGGAGACUGUGUAAACCAAGAACCCAAAGAUAGCAGCCCUGCAGAGGAAUGCGAUGAUUGCGACAGCUGUGUUAUGACGCUCCUGAAUGACUUGGCCACCAUGGGCGAGGAGCUCCACCUAGUCAAGUCACAGCUGCAGGGCCUGCGUGUGAGCGCUGGUGCUCUGCAGCAAAUUGGACACCUGGAGUCGCAGGCCAAGGACCUGAGGAAUCAGUUGCUCAGCUACCGUUCCACCAUUGCAAGUCAUGGGUCAAAAAUGGAUGAUCUGGAAAAAGAACUAAGUAAUUUGAAUCGUGAAUUCGAAACAUUACAAGAAAAGGCUCAAAUAAAUUCCAGAAGAGCACAAGCAUUGCAUAACAAUGUGGAUGGGACAAUUCAAAGUGCAAAAGAGCUGGACACAAAGAUUAAAAAUGCCGUCCGGAAUGUGAACAUUCUCUUGAAGCAGAUCUCGGGGCAGGAUGGGGAAAGAAAUACCUUGCCUGGCGGUGACUUCUCCAGGGAGCUGGCCGACGCGGAGCGCAUGAUGCGGGAGCUGCGGGGUCGAGACUUCACGCAGCACGUGAGAGAAGCCGAGGCAGAGAAGAGGGAGGCCCAGCUCUUACUGAGCCGGAUACGGAGCUGGCUAGAAACCCAUCAAGUGGAGAACAAUGGACUUGUGAAGAAUAUUCGGGAUUCAUUAAGCGAUUAUGAAGCCAAACUCCAGGACCUGCGCGCUGUCCUCCAGGAGGCAGCUGCCCAGGCCAGGCAAGCCACUGACCUCAACCAUGAAAACCAGAGGGCUUUGGGAGCCAUCCAGAGACAAGUUAAAGAGAUGACUUCCCUGAAGAGUGACUUCACCAAGUACCUGACCACUGCGGACUCUUCUCUGCUCCAGACCAACAAUGUGCUGCAGCUGCUGGACAGCAACCAGAAGGAAUAUGAGAAAUUAGCUGGCGCUUUGAAUGGAGUACGACAGGAGCUAAAUGACAAAGUGAGAGAACUCUCCAGGUCGGCCGGCAAAACAGCCCUGGUGGAGGAGGCAGAAAAACACGCACGGUCCCUGCAGGAGCUGGCAAAGCAGCUGGAAGAGAUAAAGCGAAAUACCAGCAGCGAUGAGCUGGUGCGCUGUGCAGUGGAUGCCGCUACCGCCUACGAGAACAUCCUCAAUGCCAUCAAGGCGGCAGAGGAUGCUGCCAACAAGGCCACCAGUGCCUCCGAGUCUGCCCUGCAGACAGUGAUAAAGGAAGAUCUUCCAAAGAAAGCUAAGACCCUGAGUUCUGACAGUGACGAACUGCUAAACGAAGCCAAGCUUACACAGAAGAGGCUACAAGAAGAAAUCAGCCCAGCUCUUAACAACCUUCAGCAAACCCUGGACGCUGUAACCAUGCAGAGGGGCCUGAUUAAGUCCAACCUCACCGCCGUCCGCAAUGGCCUUCGUGGGAUUCAGAGAGGUGACGUUGAUGGCAUGAUCAGUGGUGCAAAGAGCUUGGUCACAAAGGCCAAUGGCAUCACGAGUGACAUUCUGGAUGGACUCGACCCCAUCCAGACAGAUCUGGGCCGGAUUAAGGAUACCUAUGGGAGCACGCGGAGUGAAGACUUCAGCAAGGCUCUGGCCGAUGCCAAUAACUCAGUAAAGAAAUUAACCAAGAAACUGCCUGAUCUUUUGAUCAAGAUUGAAAGCAUCAAUCAACAACUGUUGCCCCUCGGAAAUAUCUCCGACAACGUGGACCGAAUACGAGAACUCAUCCAACAGGCCAGAGAUGCUGCCAAUAAGGUCGCGGUCCCCAUGAGGUUCAAUGGCAAAUCUGGUGUCGAGGUCAGGCUGCCAGCUGACCUGGAAGACUUGAAAGGAUAUACAUCUCUGUCCUUGUUUCUUCAAAGACCCGAUUCCAGAGAAAAUGGGGGAACCGAGGACAUGUUUGUGAUGUACCUUGGAAAUAAGGAUGCCUCCAAGGACUAUAUCGGCAUGGCCGUUGUGGAUGGCCGUCUCACGUGCGUCUACAACCUGGGGCAGCGUGAGGCUGAAGUCCAGGUGGACCAGGUGCUGACCGAGAGUGAGACUCAGGAGGCGGUGAUGGACCGGGUCAAAUUCCAGAGAAUCUAUCAGUUUGCCAGGCUUAAUUAUACCAAAGAAGCCACAUCCAAUAAACCCAAAGCACCCCAGUUCCAUGACACAGACAGUGGAAAUAGCAACUCACUCCUGAAUUUGGAUCCUGAAAAUGUUGUGUUUUAUGUUGGAGGUUACCCGCCUGAUUUUCAACUUCCAAGCAGACUAAACUUCCCUCCAUACAAAGGCUGCAUUGAGUUAGAUGACCUCAAUGAGAAUGUUCUGAGUUUGUACAACUUCAAAAGAACGUUCAAUCUCAACACAACUGAAGUGGAGCCUUGUCGAAGGAGGAAGGAAGAGUCGGACAAGAACUAUUUCGAAGGCACAGGCUACGCUCGUAUUCCAACCCAAGCAAAUGCUCCCUUCCCAACCUUCGUCCAAACCAUCCAGACCACAGUGGAUCGAGGUUUGCUGUUCUUUGCAGAAAAGCAGGAUCACUUCAUAUCCCUGAAUAUAGAAGGCGGCCACCUCAUGGUGAGAUACAAACUGGAUUCGGAGCCACCCAAGGAGCAAGAAACACCAGAAACCAUCAACAACGGGAGAGAUCAUUCGAUUUCGAUCAUAAUUGGAAAAUUAAAAAAACUUAUGUGGAUAACUGUGAAUAGCCAUAACAUUAAGAUCGAGGGGGAAAUAUUUGAUUUCAGCACAUACUAUCUGGGAGGAAUUCCAAUUGCAAUCAGAGAAAGAUUUAACAUUUCCACUCCUGCUUUCCGAGGCUGCAUGAAAAAUCUGAAGAAAACCAGCGGUGUCGUGAGGUUGAACGACACUGUGGGAGUGACCAAAAAGUGUUCUGAAGACUGGAAGCUUGUGCGAUCUGCCUCGUUCUCCAGAGGAGGACAAAUGAGUUUCACGAACUUGGACUUGCCAUUGCCUGACCGCUUCCAGGCCUCCUUUGGGUUUCAGACCUUCCAGUCCAGUGGUGUGUUAUUAAAUCAUCAGACACGGACAAGUAGCCUGCAGGUCAUACUGGAAGAUGGCCACAUUGAAUUGAGAACCAGAGACAGCAACCAACCAAUUUUCAAAUCUCCACAGACGUACAUGGAUGGCUUACUGCAUCACGUGUCUGUAAUAAGCGACACCUCAGGCCUCCGGCUUCUCAUUGAUGACCAGCUUCUGACGAGAAACCAAAGGCUACCAGACUUUCCAAAUAUCCAGCAAUCUCUCCGCCUGGGUGGCGGUAACUUUGAGGGCUGUAUCAGCAAUGUUUUCAUCCACAGGUUAUUGCGGACUCCUGAAGUCCUAGACAUGGCUGGUAAAUCUACCCAAAGAGAUGUGUCCCUGGGCGGCUGCAGUUUAAACAAACCACCUUUUCUAAUGUUGCUUAAAGGUUCGGUGAGAUUUAACAAGGCCAGGACCUUCAAUGUCAACCAGCUGCUGCAGGAUGCAUCUGAGGCCCCCCCAAGGAACAUGGAGGCGUGGCAAGAUGGGAAAUCCUGCCCCCUGCCUCUCAGCACCCAGGCCACUCAUGGAGCCUUCCAGUUUGGGGACAGCCCUACCAGUCACUUGCUGUUCAAGCUCCCGCAGGAGUUGCUGAAACCAGGGUCACAGUUUGCUGUGGACAUUCGGACAGCAACCUCUAGAGGGCUGGUGUUCUACAUGGGCACCAGAAACUCCUUCAUGGCUCUGUAUCUCUCCAAAGGAUACCUCGUAUUUGUUUUGGGGGCUGCAGGGAAGAAACUGAGGCUCAGGAGCAAGGAGAAAUACAAUGAUGGGAAGUGGCACACGGUGGUGUUUGGGCAAGACGGAAGAAAAGGACGUUUGGUUGUGGAUGGGUUGAGGGCCCAGACAGGCAGUCUGCCUGGAGAUUCCACCAUAGCCCCCACGGGAAAGGUCGUCCUGGGGUCGUCACUCCUAGGGAAGCCAAAGAGUCUCCCCCAAAACAGCUUUGUGGGGUGUCUGAAGAACUUCCAGUUGGAUUUAAAACCCUUGGAUUCCCCUUCUGCAAGUGUCAGGGUUUCUCCCUGCUUAGGUGUUUCUUUGGAGAAAGGCAUUUAUUUCUCCCAAGGAGGAGGUCAUGUGGUCCUGGCCAAGUCCGUGUUGUUGGGGCCAGGAUUUAAGCUCACUUUUAGCAUUCGCCCAAGAAGUCUCACUGGAAUCCUAAUAUACAUUGGAAGUCAGCCAGGACAGCACUUAAGUGUUUAUAUGGAAGCAGGAAAGGUCACAGCUGCUGUGGACAGGGAGGCAGGUGGGACUUUGACGUCGAUCACACCAAAGCGGUCUCUGUGUGAUGGACAGUGGCACUCAGUGGCAGUCACCAUCAAAGAACGUGUCCUGCACCUGGAACUGGACACGGAAGACAGCUUCACAGUAGGACAGUUCACCUUCCCUUCUAACAGCACCCAAGGAUCACUGCACGUUGGAGGAGUCCCAGCUAACUUGAAGACCCUGAUGCUCCCCAUUUGGAAAUCAUAUUUUGGCUGCCUGAAGAAUAUUCAAGUCAACCACAUCCUUGUCCCUGACACUGAUGCCACAGAAGUCCAUGGGUCUGUCAGCCUGAAUGGCUGCCCUGACCACUAACCUUGAGCUUUUAGACAGCAAGGAAACUCACCUUCAAAAGUACUGAGGCCCCUGUGUACCUCCCUCCCCCAUUCAAGGUCAUUCUUAACUCAAGACACCGUCAGCACCAUUUUAACAGAAAAUCUCAUUCUGAAUUCCAAGCACGUCGACCCUUCAACCUUAUCAUUCAGUGCGACACGUGUAUUUUAUGUAAAAAUCCCAUUUCUUGAAGAAAACGAACAAGUUGUUAUUCAAACAUGCACACAAUGCUUUUGGUAAUAUUAUUCCCCACUAAAAAUUCAAUGUGUUUCAGAGAACAUUUUUCCACUU